CUACAACGACAAUCGAAAGUUAGAAAAGAGAAACAUAACCUAAAAAUAUAAAAAUAAAGCUAAACUUUUAAAGCCGAGAAAACAAAAAACGAACGAAUAUAUUUGUUAAAAAAAAGAAAAUCAGAUUCUUUGUUGCUAUACUCAGAGGAAGAAAAAAAAACCAAAAAACCGUGAACUUAUUUAUCAUUUUUCAUCAAAUUUUUUCAUCUCGUUAACAUUGAAUUUUCAAUGUGAAGGAAAUCAUAACAAAACGAAAUGAGCAAUAGAUUGAAAAAAAUAGACGAUAGUGAAAAAUAUAACAAAGAGAGAAACGAAGGGAAUAUUGCAAUGGUUAUAAAAUUAGAAAAAGAUGCAAAAAAGGAAAGAAACGAGUACUUAUUGGCUAAGGUUGACAGUGCUCUGAGUUAUGCACAAAAAGCCUAUGAGGAACUUUUAGAAAUAAAAAAGAGUCUAGAAGAGGCGAAUUAUAGAGAAACGUCUCCCGAAUGUGAGAGAAUGGCUUACGAGACUGCGGCAGAAAAUCAACCUCAUGAAGAUAACAUACAAAACGAUUCACAUUCUCCCAUGGUGGUUAUUAAAGAAGAAUACGAUUAUAUAGAUUAUUUUCCCUUCCAAGAAGAAAUGGAAGAAGGACAAUCAACUCCAAUUGAUGUUCUUAUAAAAGAAGAUAAAAUUGCACCCGAAGACUUGUGGAUGAUGAAAAAUAAAGCCGAAAAUUUCGAUAAUAAAAUGGUGAUUGAAUUGGGCGAAAGUAGCGGAGUAUUCAUUAACAGUUUGGCAUUGAGAAGAAUAACUUCACGUGCUCAAAGUGCAAAUAUUCUAGCUAGAGGAAUAAUGUGUGAAUUAUUUAUCUCUGAGGCGUUAAGAAAAGCAUCACUAGAUGGAAAAGCAUCAGACGAAGAAGAUAGAAAAAGGCCACGUCUUCCAACAAUUGCUGUGGAAGUUAUGCUCAAAUUCGUUCGUUCACAUGCAAGAAAAUUCGAUUGGAAAUUAACGACGGAUGUGAACAUAAGAAACAGUUUACGUGACAAAUUAAAAGAACUGAGAAAGAAGACAAAAUUGACAAAGUCAAAAAGUACCGUUUAAGUUCACUUUUUUAUAUCAAUUUAAAUUUAAAUCAUUAAUUUUCAUUAUAUUUACAUAAUACAAUGUAAUUGUCGCAUUUUUUUAUUUUUUCAUUAUUGUAUUUUGUUAUAUUUAUUUUAAAUUUAUGAAAUAAAAUGUCUAUAUAUUGAA